GUUGUAAGCUUGGCUCUGCCAAACCUUUCGAAACCCGACCUUGCUCUACGGAUUUAUCCUCAGCAUUGUUUAGAAAAUGGAGUCUACCAGACGCCUUGUUACCAUCAAAAGGAGCGGGGUCGACGGUCCCCACUUUCCCCUGAGCCUCCGAACCUGCUUGUUUGGAAGGGGUAUGGAAUGUGACAUUCGCAUCCAGCUUCCUGUAGUGUCGAAACAACAUUGCAAAAUUGAGAUUGAUCAGCAAGAGGCCAUAUUAUAUAAUUACAGUUCCGCAAAUCCAACACAAGUAAAUGGGUUUGCUAUUGAUGAGCCUGUAAAGCUAGAACAUGGAGAUUUAAUAACUAUUAUCGAUCGAUCUUUCCGGUAUGAAAAUGAAAGUCUUCAGAAUGGAAGCAAGUCAGCUGAAUUUCCAGGAAAAAUAUGUGAACAGGAACCAUCGCAUCGUGUCUCAAGAUCCAGCUUCUCUUCUGACCCUGAUGGGAAAGAUCAAGAUUCCAAUGCCCAUCCCAAAAUCACUGAAGGAAAUGUUUCGGGAAGACCUCGGGUACAUGUCAAGAGUGUCAAAGGAGACAGUACUACCUCAGAUGGCUCAGAAGACAAUGUUGCCCAGGAAACAUCUAAUAUUGUUCAUUCCUCAGAGCAUCCUGGACAUAACGGUAGAAAUACCAGUGAUCCCACUUCUGGAAAUUGUAAAGAAAAUUUCAGGGCAAAAUUAAUGAGCUGUUAUGAAGAAGGGAAGUCUGUUUCCUCUACACAAUGUCUUGACAAUAGCAAAAAAAAUGAAUCUCCCUUUAGGAAGCUUUAUCAGUCAAUGAAGAAAGAGUUGGAUGUAAAAUCACAAAAAGGAAAUAUUCUACAGUAUGGUAGAAAAUCAGGAUCACAAACUGAUUAUAUAGCAGAAAAGAAAAGUGCUGAUGACUUACAGAAGGAGACUCAACUACUGAUCUCACGUAAAUCAAGACCAAGAUCUGGUAGAAGCAUCCCCAUGAGGGCAGACCCUGCUUCACCUGAUCAAAAGCCCUCCCAGAGUGAGAGGAAGGAAAGAGAUGUGGAGUUUGCUCAGACUUCUAAAGAAGCCAUGAGCUCUGGCCUUCUCUGGGAGACUCCUAAAAUGAAGACCCCAGUACAGUAUUCACGACUGCAGAAUUCUUCACAAAAACGUAAGAAUGAAGACCUGUGGAUUAUGGGUGGAAGAGAAUCUGUGAAUCUGGGAAAAAGUGAAGGUUUCAAGACAGACGAGAAAACACAUACACCCAGGAAGUUAUUAACCAGAACUCAAACACGAGCACCAACACCAACUAAAGCUGAAGAUGCCGCCAACUCUUCCAAUAAGCCAGAAAGUCUGUCUUUCAAAAACAGGAGGAGUAUUGCUACAGAGGUGGAAGUCCAGCCUACAGAAGCAGAAAUUCAAAAUGAGCCUUUUUUAACUCUGUGGCUUACUGAAGUUGACAGGAAGAUUCAGAAGAAUUCCCUCCACAAGCCUGAGAAAUUGGGCACUACAGCUGGAGAGAUUGGCUCUGGGUUACCUGGUCUUAGUUCAGUUGAUAUCAGCAACUUUGAUGAUUCCCUUAAUAAGAGUGAGGGGCUGCCUUUGAAAAGAAGGCGUGUGUCCUUUGGUGGGCAUCUGAGACCUGAAUUGUUUGAUGAAAACUUACCUCCUAACACACCUCUCAAAAGAGGAGAAACACCAACAAAAAGAAAGUCUCUGGUCACUCACACGCCAACUGUCCUGAAGAAAAUCAUCAAGGAGCAGCCUCAACCCUCAGGAAAAGAAGAGUCUGCUUCAGAGAUUCAUUUGGAAAUGACGGCACACGACGUGGUUAUGAGCUCUCUAGUUCCUAGUCCUGGGAAAACUCCAGUUGCAAAUGAUCAAAGCCGUAGGUCGUGCAAAGCUGCCUCUGCUUCCAGCGGUCGCAAAUCUCCUCAGGCAGACACUCCUAGGCGAGGUGGCAGAAAGAGUGGCAAUCUGCCUUCGAAGAGGACGUCCAUCAGUCGAAGCCAACACGAUAUUUUACAGAUGAUUUGUUCCAAAAGAAGAAGCGGUGCUUCUGAAGCCAACCUCAUUGUUGCCAAAUCGUGGGCAGAUGUCGUCAAACUUGGUGCGAAACAAACACAGACUAAAGUUGUAAAACACAGCCCUCAAAGGCUGAUAAACAAAAGACAAAGAAGACCUAAUACGCCAAAGAAGCCUAUGGGCAGUGUUCACAAUCAAUUCAGUACUGGCCACGCCAAUUCUCCUUGUACCAUCAUAGUAGGGAAAGCUCAUAUUGAAAAAGUCAACUUGCCUGCCCGACCCUACAGAAUGCUGAACAACUUUGUUUCCAAACAUAAGGUGGACUUUAAGGAAGAUCUUUCAGGGCUCACUGAAAUGUUCAAGACGCCGGUGAAGGAGGAACCACAGUUGAUGAGCACGUAUCCUGUCAUUCCUUCGAAUUCAGAGAAUUCGCUUGGAAAAAAGUUUCCAGGUACUAAUUUAGGAGAACUUCUACUACCCACUUCAGAGAGUUUCAUUUAAAACAUGUUCCUUAGUACUCAGAAUUCAGCAGAAGAAUCAUCUGAUAAACACUCUCCAAGCCCUACCUUAAGACGGCAGUCUAUAAAAAUAAAUGAAAAUACAGUGCGAACUCCCAGGAACAUCUAUAAAAUGACUCAUGUUGAGAUGAAAACAUCAGAUGCGGAAUCAGAGGCUUCAAUGACAGUAUCCAGUGCAAAUAAGUUAAGAAGGUCCGUGGAGCUCAGAAAUAUACAGAAGUUAUCUAUAGAAAGUAAGCAUGAAGAAACAAAAACUGACAGUUUUGAGAACAUUGUAGGAAGAUGGCUAAGAAAGACACCACUACGAGGAAACAAAGUAGAUGGAGAGGUAAAAGAAAUCAGAAGAUCUUUUGAAACGUGUAAAGAAAAUAUGGACUCAAACGAUUUUGAGAAGGUGACAUCUGUGAGGAGAUCAGGAAGAACUUGGGGGCAAAAAGGUGAACCAACAUUUGACCUGACAGGCCUUCAAAGGAUGCCUGACCCAGAGUCCACGAAAGACAUGGCAUGCAGCCCUGAUCUCCAGACACCAGAUCAUAGCAAGGAAAUGGUGAAAAACAGUGACAAUAUCACUAACAUACCCUGCAAAUCUCCACGACCAGAACCAGUCAAAACCCCAGCCAGCAUGAAGAAGCGUAUCAAGACGUCUCUGGGGAAAGUAGAUGUGAAAGAAGAGCUUUCGUCACUGAGCAAGCUUGCACCAACUGCAGGGGAAGCCACGUACACACCUAAAGAACCAGUGGGUGAUGAUAAAGCCAUCCAGGUGUUUUCAGAAAGUCCAGAACAGAAACUGCACCCAGCAGACUAUGUCAUUGGAGUGAAGAGACGGCCAAGAGCACCUAAGGAAAAGACCCAAUCUCUAGAUCUGGCUGGCUUCAAAGAGCUCUUCCAAACACCAAAACACACCAACAAGCUCACAACUGGUGACAAAAUUGCUAACAUGGCCAGUAAGUCUCUACCACAAGAAUCAGUGGACACCCCAACAAGCAUAAAGAGACAGCCCAAGUCAUGUUUGAGGAAAAUAGAUGUAGCGGAAGAGCUCUCAGCACUGGGGAAGCUCACACCAACAUCAGGGAAAACCACCGACACACACAAAGAACCAGCAGGUGAUGGCAAAGGCGUAAAAGUCUUCAAGGAAUCUGCAGAGCAAAACCUGGACUCAGCAGCAAGUAUAACAGGCAGCAGGAGAAGAUCGAUAACUCCUAAGGAAAAGGCCCCACCCCUAGAAGACCUGGCUGGCUUCAAAGAGCUCUUCCAAACACCAGGUCACACUGGGGAAUCAAUGACUGUUGACAAACCCACAAAAAUACCCUGGAAAUCUCCGCAACCAGAACGAGUGAACACCCCAAGAAGCUCAAAGCGACAGCUCAAGACGUCUCUGGGGAAAAUGCACGUAGAGGAAGAGCUCUCCGCGGUGAGCAGACUCAAAGCAACAUCCGGAGAAACCACACACACACACAAAGAACCAGUUGGUGAUGACAAAGACAUCCAAGAGUUUAAGAAAACUCCAAAGCAGAAGCUACUCACAGCAGACUAUGUCACUGGAGCACAGAGACUGCCAAGAACCUCUAAGGAAAUGAUCCAACCUCUAGAAGACCUGGCUGGUUUCAAAGAACUAUUCCAAACACCAAAAGGCACCAACAAGUCCAUAACUGAUGACAAAAGAACUGAAAUACAUUGCAAAGCUCCACAACCAAAAUCAUCGGAUACCCCAACAAAUGCAAAGAGACAGCCCAAGACACCUUUGGGGAAAACAGAUGUGGAGAAAGAGCUCUCAGCAUUGAAGAAGUGCACACAAAGAUCUGGGGGGAAAGGAAACACAGACAAAGUACCCACAGGUGAUCGCAGAGGCACCAAAGCAUUUGAGAAAUCUGCAAAACGAAAACUGGACCCAGCAGACUGUGUAAUUGGAGGGAAGAGACAGUCAAGAGUAACGAAGGAGAAGAUUCAAUUUCUCGAAGACCUGGCUGGUUUCAAAGAGCUCUUCCAAACACCAAAACGCAACGACAAGCUAAUGACUGGUGACAGAACUACUAACAUAGACUGCAAAUCUCCACCACAAGAAUCAGUGGACACGGCAAAAAGCAUAAAGAGACAGCCCAAGACAUGUUUGAGGAAAAUAGAUGUAGCGGAAGAGCUCUCAGCACUGGGGAAGUUCACACCAAGAUCAGGGAACACCACAGACACACACAAAGAACCAGUAGGUGAUGACAAAGAUGUCAAAGUCUUCAAGGAUUCUGCAGAGCAAAAACUGGACUCAGCAGCAGGGGUAACGGGCAGCAGGAGAAGGUCAAGAACUCCUAAGAGAAAAACCCCAGCCCUGGAAGACCUGGCUGGCUUCAAGGAGCUCUUUCAAACACCAGGUCACGCUGGGGAAUCAUUGACUGUUGACAAAACCAUGAAAACACCCUUGAAAUCUCUACAACCAGAACGAGUAGACUCCUCAAAGCGGCAGCCCAAGACUUCUCUGGGGAAAAUGCAUGUAGAGGAAGAGCUCUCAGCAGUGAGCAAACUCUCAGCAACAUCAAGGGAAACCGCAGAAACACACAAAGAACCAGCAGGUGAUGGCAAAGGCGUAAAAGUCUUCAAGGAAUCUGCAGAGCAAAAACUGGACUCAGCAGCAGGGGUAACAGGCAGCAGGAGAAGGUCAAGAACUCCUAAGAAAAAGACCCCACCCCUAGAAGACCUGGCUGGCUUCAAGGAGCUCUUUCAAACACCAGGUCGCACUGGGGAAUCAUUGACUGUUGACAAAACCAUGAAAACACCCUUGAAAUCUCUACAACCAGAACGAGUAGACACCUCAAGAAGCUCAAAGCGGCAGCCCAAGACUUCUCUGGGAAAAAUGCAUGUAGACGAAGAGCUCUCUGCAAUGAGCAAACUCACAGCAACAUCAGGGGAAACCACAGACACACACAAAGAACCAGCAGGUGAUGGCAAAGGCGUCAAAGUGUUCAAGGAAUCUGCAGAGCAAAAACUGGACUCAGCAUCAGGGGUAACAGGCAGCAGGAGAAGGUCAAGAACUCCUAAGAAAAAGACCCCACCCCUAGAAGACCUGGCUGGCUUCAGGGAGCUCUUUCAAACACCAGGUCACACUGGGGAAUCAUUGACUGUUGACAAAACCAUGAAAACACCCUUGAAAUCACUACAACCAGAACGAGUACACACCCCAAGAAGCUCAAAGCGGCUGCCUAAGAUGUCUCUGGGGAAAAUGCACAUAGAGGAAGAGCUCUCUGCAGUGAACAAACUCACAGCAACAUCAGGGGAAACCACAGACACACACAAAGAACCAGCAGGUGAUGGCAAAGGCGUCAAAGUGUUCAAGGAAUCUGCAGAGCAAAAACUGGACUCAGCAUCAGGGGUAACAGGCAGCAGGAGAAGGUCAAGAACUCCUAAGAAAAAGUCCCCACCACUAGAAGACCUCGCUGGCUUCAAAGAGCUCUUUCAAACACCAGGUCACACUGGGGAAUCGAUGACUGUUGACAAACCCACAAAAACACCCUGGAAAUCUCCACAAGCAGAAAGAGUGAACACCCCAAGAAGCUCAAAGAGACAGCUCAAGACGUCUCUGGGAAAAAUGCAUGUAGACGAAGAGCUCUCUGCAGUGAGCAAACUCACAGCAGCAUCAGGGGAAACCACAGACACACACAAAGAACCAGCAGGUGAUGGCAAAGGCGUCAAAGUGUUCAAGGAAUCUGCAGAGCAAAAACUGGACUCAGCAGCAGGGGAAACAGGCAGCAGGAGAAGGUCAAGAACUCCUAAGAAAAAGACCCCACCCCUAGAAGACCUGGCUGGCUUCAAGGAGCUCUUUCAAACACCAGGUCACACUGGGGGAUCAUUGACUGUUGACAAAACCAUGAAAACACCCUUGAAAUCUCUACAACCAGAACAAAUGGACACCUCAAGAAGCUCAAAGCGGCAGCCCAAGACGACUCUGGGGAAAAUGCACGUAGAGGAAGAGCUCUCUGCAGUGAGCAAACUCACAGCAACAUUAAGGGAAACCACAGACACACACAAAGAACCAGCAGGUGAUGGCAAAGGCAUCAAAGUGUUCAAAGAAUCUGCAGAGCAAAAACUGGACUCAGCAUCAGGGAUAACAGGCAGCAGGAGAAGGUCAAGAACUCCUAAGAGAAAAACCCCACCCCUAGAAGACCUGGCUGGCUUCAAGGAGCUCUUCCAAACACCAGGUCACACCCAGGAAUCAAUGACUGUUGACAAAACCACGAAAUCACCCUUGAAAUCUCCACAAGCAGAAAGAGUGAACACCCCAAGAAGCUCAAAGAGACAGCUUAAGACGUCUCUGGGGAAAAUGCAUGUAGAGGAAUUGCUCUCUGCAGGGAGCAAACUCACAGCAACAUCAGGGGAAACCGCAGACACACACAAAGAACCAGCAGGUGAUGGCAAAGGCAUCAAAGUGUUCAAGGAAUCUGCAGAGCAAAAACUGGACUCAGCAGCAGGGGUAACGGGCAGCAGGAGAAGGUCAAGAACUCCUAAGAGAAAAACCCCAGCCCUGGAAGACCUGACUGGCUUCAAGGAGCUCUUUCAAACACCAGAUCACACUGGGGAAUCAUUGACUAUUGGCAAAAUCAUGAAAACACCCUGGGAAUCUCCACAACCAGAACGAGUGGACACCCCGAGAAGCUCAAAGAGACAGCCCAAGAUGUCUCUGGGGAAAAUGCAUGUAGAGGAAGAGCUCUCUACAGCGAGGAAACUCACAGCAACAUCAGGGGAAACCACAGACACACACAAAGAACCAGCAGGUGAUGGCAAAGGCGUCAAAGUGUUCAAGGAAUCUGCAGAGCAAAAACUGGACUCAGCAUCAGGGAUAACAGGCAGCAGGAGAAGGUCAAGAACUCCUAAGAAAAAGACCCCACCCCUAGAAGACCUGGCUGGCUUCAAGGAGCUCUUUCAAAUACCAGGUCACACAGGGGAAUCAAUGACUGUUGACAAAACCAUGAAAACACCCUUGAAAUCUCUACAACCAGCAUCAGUGAACACCCCAACAAGCUUAAAGCGACAGCUCAAGAUAUCUCUGGGGAAAAUAGAUGGGAAAGAAGAGCUUUCAGCAGUCAGCAGGCUCACACCAACAUCAGGGAAAACCACGCAUACACACAAAGAACCAGUAGGUGAUGACAAGGGCAUCCAAGUCUUCAAGCAAUCUGCAAAGCGGAAAUUGGACCCAGCAGCAAGCGUUAGUGUCAGCAAGAGACAAUCAAGAGCUCCCAAGGAAAAGGCCCAACCCCUAGAAGACCUGGCUGGAUUCAAAGAGCUCUUUCAAGCACCAGGUCAACCUGUGGAAUCAAGGACUGAAGGCAUAACCAUAAAAAUAUCCCACAAGUCUCCACAAUCAGGACUAGUAGACACCAUAGCAAGCACAAAGAGAAGACCUGUGACACGUGUCAGGAAAGCAGAUGUGAAAGAAGAGCUCUCGGCACUGAGAUGCCUAAGGCAAAGGGGGAAAACCAUGCACACAGACACAGGACCAACAGGUGACAAUAAAAGCAUCAACACAUUUAAGGAAUCUGCUGAGCAGAAACUGAGCCCAGCAGCAGGUGCCACUGGCAGCAGGAGAAGGCCAAGAGCACCCAAAGAAGAGGUCCAACCUCUAGAAGACUUAGCCGGCUCCAAAGAGCUCUUCCCAAAACCAGGUCAACCUGAGGAAUCAGUGACUGGUGUCACAACCACAAAAAUAUCCUGCAGAUCUCCACAACCAGAACUACUCGAUACCACAAGAAGCACAAAGAGAAGGCCCGUGACACGUGCCAGGAAAGUCGAUGUGUACGAGCCCUCAGCACUGAGAAGUCUAAGGCAAAGAGGGAAAGCCACACACAUCGACAGAGAACCAGUAGGUGAUGGUAAAGGCAUCAACGUGUUUAAGGAACCUGCAGAGCAGAAACUGGUCCCAGCAGCGGGUGUUCCUGGCAGCAGGAGAAGGCCAAGAUCACCCAAGGACAAGGCCCAACCCCUAGAAGAUCUGGGUGGCUCCAAAGAGCUCUUUCAAGUACCAGGUCAACCUGAGGAAUCAAGGACUGAAGGCAUAACCACAAAAAUAUCCUGCAGAUCUCCACAACCGGAACUACUCGAUACCACAACAAGCACAAAGAGAAGGCCAGUGACACGUGUCAGGAAAGUAGAUGUGAAAGAGCCCUCAGCACCGAGAAGUCUAAGGCAAAGAGGGAAAGCCGCACACAUUGACAGAGAACCAGUAGGUGAUGAUAAAAGCAACAACGUGUUUAAGGAAUCUGCUGAGCAGAAACCGGACCCGGCGACAGGUAUCACUGGCAGCAGGAGAAGGCCAAGAGCACCCAAGGACGAGGCCCAACCCUUAGAAGAUCUGGCUGGCUCCAAAGAACUCUUUCCCAAACCAGGUCAACUUGAGGAAUCAGUGACUGGUGGGACAACCACAAAAACAUCCUGCAAAUCUCCACAGUCAGAACUAGCAGAUACCACAACAAGGACAAAGAGAGUGCCCACGACACGUGUCAGGAAAGUAGAUGUGGAAGAGCCCCCGGCACUGAGGCAGCUAAGGCAAAGAGGGGAAGCCACACACGCAGACAAAGAACCAGGGGGUGACAAUAAAGACAUCAACAUGUUUAAGGAACCUACAGAGCAGAAACCGGACCCAGCGGCAGGUGUCACUGGCAGCAGGAGAAGGCCAAGAGGACCCAAGAAAGAGGCUCAACCCUUAGAAGACUUGGCCAGCUCCAAAGAGUUCUCCCCAAAACCUGGUCAACCUGAGGAACUGACCCGUGAUGCUGAUAGCCUAAAGAGCACUUCCGAGCCAACACCUGACAGUGGGAAACCUCCGCAAAUAUCCAGAAGGGUCCUUAGGGCCCCUAAAAGAGAGCCCGAGCAAGACUCCAUAGGCACCAGAGACCUUGUAAAAUUACAAACCAAAGGCAGCAGCUCCCUGCCCUCCACGAGGAGAUGCAGAAAAGAUGGGAGCGUCGCCAGAACCAAGAGGCCGCAUAGUGUGACUGCUCCAGAGGAAGUCGUGGAGAUGCCAGUCAGCAAGAAACUGAGGUCUGCUCCAAAGGAGAGAUGCACAUCCCCUGGACCCGAGAUAAUCAUGAAGAAAAGUCUGAGAGCUCCUGCAAAAAGGGUUGAACGCGAGGAAGAUCUGAACAGUGGCAACGUGAAAACCCAGAGAAAGAAACACAAAGUAGGCGACUCAGCCACUCCAAAUAAGGGAGUGUCCCUGCGCUCCAGACGCCAAAAUAAAACUGAGGUAGGACAGCAAAGAACUGAGGUACUUACCUCAGCGGGAGAAAUGAAAACAAAGAGAAAUGAAAACAAAUCCAUGAAAUCCUCCCAAGAGAUGGAGAUUCAAAAUCCAGAAGAUGGAGCCAGGAAGCCCACACCUAGAGACCAAGUCAGUGAAAACAAAAGGCGCUUGCGAUCUGUUCGACAAAGUAAGACCUCCCAGCCUCAUGUAGCAGAGGACAAAGGAGGAGAAGGAAGUGUGGGAAUCCACCUGGUGAAUUGGGAAGAGCAAAGAGGAAGAGGAGAUCCAGACACCACAUGUUUGAGAUCAAGAAAGGCUAAAACGCAGCCCGGAGCAAACAAUUUGGAACGUGAAUCUGAACAGAGAGCAGCACGGAAUGCCAAGAGGUGUGCGGAAAAUCCAAAGAAGGAUGAGGACGUUGUGAGCGUCAAGAAAAUAAGAACCAGACGUCAGCGGGGCAAUGAAGAUAUUUAA